AUGUCUUUAACUUUAAAUUUAGGUUACGUUCCAACUGAAAUAGCAAGCAUAAAAGGAGAUUUAUAAAUAUUAUAUAAGACCUCAUUUAAUUUACUCGUAAUGAAUGGAAAAUGGUUACAGGAUAUUAAUACAUUUAAUUGUUCAAUUAAUCAUUAAGUUCAAUAUAAUACUUUUGCAUAACAUUAUAAACCUGUUAAAGUAACUUAUUCAAAGAAAUAUGAUAUCUACUUUAUUUUGUUUGAUGAUUGGUAAAUUUAUAUUCUUUCAUCUAAUCUAGUCUUUUUUAAUAAAAUAUCUGUAAUUACUUCAUAUCCAAUUUCAAUUUAAUUUAUAGAUGAAUCUAUAUCUUUGUAUGUAGUUUAAGAUAGCAAAAUUGAAUAAAUCUUUAUGGAAAUCAAAAAAACUUCAUUAUAGAUUAAAGUAAUAUUAUUGAACAAAUUAUGUUUUACAAAUUCAAAUAAAUAUUUUAUUGGAUUCUAAUUAUAACAUUCAUUAAUAUUUCUAUGGGAAUAAACAACUUUAAAAGUUUAUUCUUAAAAUUAUUAAUUGAUAUCAGAAAAAUUGAAUAUUACAAAUUACAAAAAUAGCAUAACUUGCUUAUUAUAUUUUCCAACUUUAUAUUAUAUUAUUUGUGGUACAAAAGAUGGUAAAAUUUAUACAUGGACAUUAUAUAAUUAAAAUCAACCAAUCAAUAUUUUUGAACUUGAACAUGGAUCUAAUGUUGAUUAAUUAUAAAAUGACAAAAAUGAUGAAAAUAUGUUUUGGGCAUCUUCAAAUAAUGAAAUAUCCCUAUAUUCCAUUUAAACAUGGCAAUGUUUAUAAAUAUAUAAAAUAGGUCUUUAGUAUAAAAAUAUAUUUAUAAUCAAUUAAUAUAGAUUGUUUGCAAGUUUUCAAUAAAGUUUUUAUAUCUUAAAUAGAUAAUUAGAGUAACGUUUACUUUAUCAACAUAAAUCUGAUAUUAGAUGUUUAAUAGAAGGUAUUUCAGAUCCUUAAUUUUUAUUUGAUAAUAAUAGUCUAAUUUAAAUGUUAAAUCCUAAUAAAUUUAAUACUCAUUAUAUAAAAACUAAAUAAACCAUUAUACAAGCUCAUUUUAUUUAAGAAACUUAUUAUUUUUUAACUGAAACUAGUGACAUUCUUAAAUUUUAGGAUGAAACUAUUAAUAUUGUUAUUAGUAGUGAUCAUUUACAUAAUAGUGAAGGAGCAUUAGUGAAAAAUAAAAUUAUCAAUCUCAAAUUUAUUGAAAUUGAUUCUAAUUUAAUAUAUUUAUUUGUUUAUAUCUAACAAGGACAAAUACUUUUAUUCAAACUACCUAAUUUUAAUAGAAGUAUUUCUGAAUUAAAUUAUAAUAGAUGUUCUAUUAAACUUUCAACAAUUUUUAAAGCAUUAAAUAAUGAUAUAUGCAUAUUAACAAUUGAUGAACAUAAUGUUUUUAAAUUAUUAAAAAUGAAAGAUAACAACAUUUAAUUAUUAAAAUAAUUAAAUUUCAAAAUAGAAAUUAAAAAAUGGAUUUCUUUAUUAAAUAAUAUUUUUAUUUUAACUAAUUAAGGUGAAUUAAAUAUAUUUAAAUAUCAUAAUGAUGAUUUUUAAUAAUAGAUAAUUGAAAUUGAGGGAGAUGAAUAUUAUUAUAAUGAUUUUUAAGUAUAUUUAGAUCCAAAAAUAAUAAUUGGAAGUUAAGCAUAAAUGUUAGUUUUAAUGUCAUUUAAAAAGAUUAUAUUAAGAUAAAUUAAUUUGGAUUCUAUAUUAUUAAAUUAUGGAUAUUUUAAUAAAAAUUUAAUACUUUGUUUAUAAAAUGAAUUAAGUGUUAUUGAAGAUUAAAGAUUAUAAUUUACUCAUAAUUAAUUAAAAGAAAUCAAUUCCAAUAGAAAAAUUAUUGAAUAUUGUGGUUUUGAGAUCUUUGAAAAAGGUAGAGAUAAAAUACAUGUUUCACAAAAAGAGAAAAGUAUUUAAUUAUAAAAAAAUGACAGUAUUCAGACCAAAAAGUAAAUUAAAAUUUAAUCUAAUACUAUUAAAGUUAUUACAACUUCUGAAAAAUAACCUAUAUAAAAAAAUUAACAUAUUACUCAAUCAUCAUUUUAUAAUGCUAAUGAUUCUACUUAAAGAGGAAGAAUUAAAUCUAGAAAUUAAUAAUAUUAAGAUAAUUAAUAAAAUUAAAGUAAUUUAAAUAUUACAGCAACACAAUAUCGACCUUGGACAUAAAAUAGCUUUAAUAAAACAAAGUAACAUAUUUUACAACAGAGUUCAUCAGUUGAAAGUAAUUAAUUUAAAGAGCUUGAUGCUUUAUAUCAACCUGCUAUACCUUUAAUAAAAUAAACAAGAAAAAAUACAUUAACUGAAUAAUUUAUUGAAAGUCGUUUAAAAAAAAAGAAAUUCAAAACAAGAAGAGAUUUAACAAUGAAUAAAAUAGUAUAGAGAAAUAUUAAAAUAUUAUCUUUUUGUUGA